UGGAGCGCCUACGUCAGCGGGCUAUGGCAACAUUGAGGCCAGGCUGAGGCGCCGAGUGAGGCGGGUAGCGUCUGCCUGGCAGGCAGCUGGACUACGGAGGGGAUCGCGGCAGAGGCUACGUAGCCGGCCUCAAUUCCCUUAAUCCCGGUGAGGUCGGCGGGACGCUAGCAGGCGGCGGCCGUGCGGCGCGCUUUGUCCUCGCGCCGGGCCACUCGGCAGAGCGGGAGGGGGAGCGGCCAAGAUGGCUGCGGGCGCCCGGCGCGGCUGACGGGGCGGCGCGACACCAUGGCUUUCGCGCUAGAGGAGACGCUCGAGGCCGACUGGGUGGCCGUCCGGCCCCAUGUGUUCGAUGAGCGCGAGAAGCACAAGUUUGUCUUCAUCGUGGCCUGGAACGAGAUCGAGGGCAAGUUCGCCAUCACCUGCCACAACCGGACGGCACAGCGGCAGCGCAGCGGCUCCCGGGAGCCUGCGGCCGCACCAAGCCGGCCCGAGGCCUCGGUCCCCACCACGCCGGUCCGCAGCCCGGGGCCCCGGUGGAGCGCGGCCGGCGCAGGGGCGGGUAGCCCUGGCAGCAGCCCAGCGCGUAGGGCCGCGGAGCCCGGAGAUGCCCAGCCAGCGGCCUCGGUGCGUGUGCUGAGCGCCUGCGGAGCGGCCGCGGAGGAGAUCGAGGUGCUAGAGGCAAGCGCGGAGCCUGAGCCGCCCGGCGAGGAGUGCAGCUGGGCCGGGCUCUUCUCUUUUCAGGACCUCCGCGCAGUGCACCAGCAGCUGUGUUCUGUGAACUCGCAGCUGGAGCCCUGCCUGCCUGUGUUCCCCGAAGAGCCCUCUGGCAUGUGGACAGUGCUCUUCGGGGGUGCCCCCGAGAUGACCGAGCAGGAGGUGGAUGCGCUGUGCUACCAGCUGCAGGUCUACCUGGGCCAUGGCCUGGACACAUGCGGCUGGAAGAUACUGUCCCAGGUGCUCUUCACUGAGCCCGAUGACCCAGAGGAGUACUACGAAAGCCUCAGCGAGCUGCGUCAGAAGGGUUACGAGGAGGUGCUGCAGAGGGCCCGGAAGCGCAUCCAGGAGCUUUUGGAUAAACACAAGAACAUUGAGAGCAUGGUAGAGCUUCUGGACUUGUAUCAGCUGGAGGACGAGGCUUAUAGCAGCCUUGCAGAAGCCACAACUGAGCUCUACCAGUACUUACUGCAGCCCUUCCGAGACAUGAGGGAACUUGCCAUGCUGCGACGGCAGCAGAUCAAGAUAUCUAUGGAGAAUGAUUAUCUCGGACCCCGAAGAAUAGAGAGUCUACAAAAAGAAGAUGCUGAUUGGCAGCGGAAAGCUCACAUGGCUGUAUUAUCUAUUCAGGAUCUUACUGUCAAGUAUUUUGAAAUAACAGCUAAAGCUCAAAAAGCUGUCUACGAUCGAAUGCGAGCAGAUCAGAAGAAAUUUGGCAAAGCAUCAUGGGCAGCAGCCGCUGAACGAAUGGAAAAACUUCAAUAUGCAGUUUCCAAAGAGACUUUACAAAUGAUGAGAGCUAAAGAGAUCUGUUUGGAACAGAGGAAACAUGCACUAAAAGAAGAGAUGCAGAGUUUGCAAGGUGGCACAGAAGCCAUAGCUCGACUAGAUCAAUUAGAAGCUGAUUAUUAUGAUCUGCAGCUUCAGUUGUAUGAAGUCCAAUUUGAAAUCUUGAAGUGUGAGGAGUUACUGUUAACAGCGCAGCUGGAAAGCAUCAAAAGGCUUAUAUCAGAAAAGAGAGAUGAAGUGGUGUAUUAUGACACUUAUGAGACCAUGGAGGCUAUGCUGGAGAAGGAGGGGAUGACAGCAUCCAUACAUGUACAGAGGGAGGAGCUGUUGAAACUGCAGCAGAAGGCACGCCAGCUGGAGGCCAGGCGGGGCCGAGUCUCGGCUAAGAAAGCGUACCUCAGAAACAAAAAGGAAAUUUGUAUUGCAAAACACAAUGAAAAAUCCCAGCAGCGUGUUCAGAGUGCAGAUGAAUACAGAACCCAUCACACAGUACAACUGAAAAGAGAAAGAUUACAUGAUGAAGAGGAAAAAAAAAGUGCCUGGGUGAGUCAAGAGAGGCAGAGGACCCUGGACAGACUCCGGAUGUUCAAGCAGAAGUAUCCUGGGCAAGUCAUCCUCAAGUCAACCAGGUUACGACCAGUUUAUGCUAAGAGGAGGAGUGCAGUGAGUCCCGGGCCCCGAGAGGACCAGUGUGACUCUGUGUCAGGGCCAUUGCAGGGGGAACCCACCCAGCCGGAGGGAGGCUGUGACCAGCCUGGGCCCCUACAGCCAGCAGCACCCCAGGAACUCCAAAGUUUUGCCCAGCUUGAAGACUCUUCACUAGUACAACUUGAAGCCAUGUCAUUACCUCUCAGUGGGGCCACCUCUGAACCACCUCCCACUGCAUCUCUUCCACUUUUGGAUAGUAGUGACCUCAGACCACGUUCUGUCACCGCACAUCCACUACUACCACCAGUUCCUCCCCCGCCCCCACCCCCACCCGCUCCACCUCUGCCUGUUGCAAAGGACAGUGCUGUCACUGCAGAGACACUGGAGACAGGGCUGCCCAGGAAGGAAAGGACCGAGAAGCGGAUCCCAAAGUCAGCCAGUGCCCCUUCAGCACACCUGUUUGACAGCAGCCAGUUGCUCAGUGCCCGGAGAAAGCUAAGGAAGACUGCAGAAAGCCUGCAGAGGAGGAGAGUGAGCUCACCCAUGGACGAGGUGCUAGCAUCCUUGAAGCGUGGUAGUUUUCACCUGAAAAAGGUUGAACAACGAACUCUGCCUCCUUUUCCUGACGAAGAUGAUAGUAAUAAUAUCUUGGCACAAAUAAGGAAAGGGGUCAAAUUGAAGAAGGUACCGAAGGAAGUUUUGAGAGAGUCUUUCACACUGCUGCCCGACACAGACCCCCUAACACGGAGCAUCCAUGAAGCUCUGAGAAGAAUUAAAGAAGCAUCCCCUGAGUCGGAGGAUGAGGAGGAGACCUUACCCUGCACAGACUGGGAGAACUAACAAACAGGUGACUUAAGAGACAAAUACUAUCAACAGAUGAAGAUUGGUUCGAUUCUUUUGGAUAAUGAUAGUUAACUGGUUUGUUCCGCAGUUGGAUUCCAUUAGAUCCCAGAGUACAUUGGCUCAAGUGGUAUGAACAGAAAUGGAGCACAGCUGGCAGUUCCUUCUCAGUCAGCCCAGCAGACAGUGGGGAGAACGUGGGAGGUGUGAAGUGCUUCCAGCCACGCACGGCGAAGAGCAGGCCUUCAUUCACUUCCACCCAGCGCACCCCAUGGUGCCAGUCAUGCUCCGGUCCCUGUGAACCAGAAGCACAUUUGGCCACUGAGUCUGCUAUGAGCUGUUUGGGAACUGCUUCAUGAUCAUCCUUGAGUACACUGAAAGAAUCUGUUGAAAAUACAGAGCUUCUUGCAGAUCAGCUGUAGAAAU